CGAUAGCAGUCGACGUGUGGUGUCAUACUUUUAAGUCAAUUCAAAAAUACGGAUUCGUCUUUUGUGUGCUGGAGACUUAAACAAAGAUCACUUUUUUUUAACGAAACAAAAUAGAAAAUUAUUCAGACAAAUCUUGCAAACUAAACUUGUUAAUGGAUUUUGUUCGAUACAUUUACGGAAUGUAAUAAUAUAUCGAGUGUGCUGAUAUUUAUUGAUUGAUUUAAGUUUUUCAGUUAAGUUUUUCAUCAUCCUGGUUAACUUAAUACAAAGACAAACUGUUAUAUUAAACCGUGGCAUUAAAAGAUGAGCAAUAAACAUAUACAAUAUUACGAAACAAUAUUCCUGUGACCUAACUCUAGAACGUAAACUUUGGCUUGGCGACCAGCAAGGGACUCACAAGUGUAAUAAAAUCAGGAACGGUUUCAUGAGAGUAGCAAAAUCAGGAACAGUUUCACGAGAGUAAUUAAACCAGGAACGGUUUUACUAGACUAGUAACACCAGGAAGGUCCCACUAGAGUAGAAAGAAAAAGGAAUAGUAUCACAAGAUCAGUAAAACCAGGAACGGUAAAGCGAGAGCACUAGUUUCACUGCUCAUAAUCUACCAGCAAGAGACUAGUCAAGAAAAAAAAUUCAAAUACAGCUCCACCUAAAGAGCAUCAACAAUAAUAUCAAACAUUCAGAACCUCAAGCAUUCAUUCAGUAACUGCACAUACUGAAUAGUCUUCCUCCACUCUUUAGCAUGCUUACAGUGAGAACCUUCAAUAUCCGCUGGGUCAAGCUGCUGGUCAGUGCCAGUGCAUGCUUCACCCUCACCGUUCUCUGCACAGGCUACGUCUUGUCCAAACUGAUGUCCACAAACCUGGUCAGCGUCUUGGACAGGCGAGUAGAUAGAAGUCUAGGUGAUCAGUUUUCUCAAGACGUCCAGGGGUUUCCAGACACCUUCUGGCAUGAGUUUGCACCCAAUCGACAAUCAACCAAUGAGCAUAAUCAAAUCAUCUUAAUACGCCGUCCCAAGGGUAUUGACCUAGAUCCAAAACCAGUCACUUUGGUAGCGAACAUUUCAUUAGCGGGCUUAGGAUUAGCAGAGCUUCCGGCUAGCCGCCCGCCCCAGUGCGUUCUGUUGGGCUUCGGGAAAUGUGGCACGUCUGCUCUGCUCGAGUUCCUUGAUCUUCACCCUCAGAUCGUCACGCUGGACUGGGAGAUUGACUACUUUUGUGAGAGGAUGUACCCCAAGUACGAUCUUCAGUGGUAUGUCAAGAGAAUGCCGCCAUCUUACUCCGACCAAAUCACGAUAGAGAAGUCUCCCUGUUACAUUGUUGAACAUGACUCACAUAUCAGGAUGCAUGCCAUGAACAGUUCACUGAAGAUUAUGGUGAUUAUUCGAGACCCCAUCACUCGACUUUUGUCCGAGUAUGGUCACUACUACGCCACCGAGACUUACUGGGGACGACCGGCCGUCUCUUUUGAGGAGAGAGUUUACAACCACAAGACCAAGGAGUUCAGAACGGCGCAGAUUCUCAAAGUGGGCGAUUACAGUCCUCACUUUGAGCACUUGCUGAAAGUGUUCCCCAGAAACCAAAUUCUCAUAGUAGAUGGCGAUAAGCUGGUCACUGACCCACUAUCACAAGUCAGAUUAGUAGAAGAAUUUCUCGGACUUCAACACGAGGUCAGUAAACAAGACAUUUACUUCGACAAUGCCAAAGGAUUUUUUUGCAUGAAGUUACGAAACUCCGGAGAAACGAAAUGUCUCGGGAAAAGCAAAGGGAGGCAACACGUGCAAAUCGACGCAAACUUCAAGAAAAAGCUGAUAGAGUUCUUUGCCCCUUAUAACGAACAAUUUUUCAAACUUGUAGGCCAGAAAUUUGAUUGGUUAAAAUAAACAGGUGAUACUUUGGUUUAAAUUCGUGUAAAUAUAAAUUGAAAACACAAAAACAAGAAGAGAAUCCGUUUUUUUUUAAUUAAGUAUAUAUUUAAAAUUGAUUGAUAGAAGAAAAUAUGAUUAUUCACAUAAGAUUGAGUAAAAUUAAUUUUUAAAAACAUCACAAUUAUCCAUAUACUGUAUUUGUAAACCAUAGUGUCCGGACAUUGCUUUAAAAUGUGCAGUUUCAUGUAUUAUUUGUAUUUUAUUGGAAUAUGAUUUAA